AUGGAACCAUAAGAUAUUAUAUAUUCUCCUUGUUCUACCUUAGCUGAGUAUUCAUAUAUACUUAAUUUCACUUUGAGUAUUUCAAAAAGGGGUGUAAUUUAGACAAUCCAAAAUGAAAGAGAAUUUGAAGCCGUCGCCGCCAUCAUCAUCAUCAUCUACGAGGUUGUUGUGGAUGAUGUCGCCAUUGAUUCUGGUUUGCAUGCUGGUGGCUCUGGGGAGUUCAAUGAAUUCUUCUGGUUUGGUUCUCGCCGCCAGAAAUUUUCCAUGGAGUUGGAGUCCUUUUAUUCUUGGCCGGAAGUCAAAGUUUCAGGCAACAAUCAUCACCGGAAAGUUCAGUAAUCUGGAGAGGCUUGAAGCUAAAAUGGGGAUGGCUAGAGCUGCAAUAAGAGAUGCUUUGCAUGGAAAGCGAAAGCUGGAUGACCCUGAUUAUGUUCCGGCUGGCCCAGUUUAUUGGAAUGCCAAUGUUUUCCACAGGAGUUACUUGGAAAUGGAAAAGCAAUUGAAAGUAUAUGUAUAUGAAGAGGGACAAAAGCCCAUUUUUCACACCGGACCAUGCAAGAACAUUUAUUCAACGGAAGGAAAUUUCAUUCACCGAAUAGAGAAAUCAAAAUUCCGCACAAGAGAUGCUGAGAAGGCACACAUUUACUUCUUGCCGGUCACCGUUGCCGGAAUAGUGCGGACGAUCUACGAGAGGAACUUAAGUGAACCAUGGCGUCCGAUGAAACUGACCGUCAGCGACUACGUUAAUCUUGUAGCACAAAAGUAUCCUUACUGGAAUCGAAGCCUGGGAGCUGAUCACUUCAUGCUUUCAUGCCAUGAUUGGGGGCCUGAAAUUUCAAAGGCCGUUCCUGAGCUAUUCAAGAACUCAAUACGAGCAUUGUGCAAUGCGAAUACUUCAGAAGGAUUUAAGCCCUCAAAAGACGUGUCAAUCCCGGAGAUCCAUCUUCCGGACGGUACAAUGCGAGGCCUACUCGGCGAUCCCUCUCCGGCAAACCGAUCGAUUUUGGUUUUCUUCGCCGGAGGGCUUCACGGCCCGAUAAGGCCAAUACUCCUACAACAUUGGGAAAACAAAGACGAAGACGUUCAAGUUCAUAAGUAUCUCCCCAGUGGCGUUUCGUACUAUGAUUUGUUAAGGAAGAGCAAGUUCUGCAUAUGCCCUAGCGGCUACGAGGUUGCCAGUCCGAGAAUGGUGGAGGCGCUUUACACGGGUUGUGUCCCUGUGCUCAUUAAGAACCAUUACGUCGCGCCGUUCAGCGACGUUCUGAAUUGGAAGUCGUUUUCCGUUGAGAUUCCGGUGGCAGACAUCCCGAACUUGAAGAAGAUCCUGUCGGGAAUAUCCGAGAGUGAGUAUCUGAGUUUGCAGAGGAUGGGGUCGUUAGCCAGACGGCAUUUUGAGGUUAAUUUCCCUCCGAAGAGGUACGAUGUUUUCCACAUGAUUCUUCACUCUGCAUGGCUCCGGCGACUCAAUUUCCGGCUAUAUGGGGUUGAGAAUGUUUGAUAUGUGCCUGAGAUCUGCCUAAACAUGGCACCACUGUAUUUCUUCUGUUUAAUUGUACGUUGUAAUUGAAAAUGCUACAACUUCUGUCUCAGUUUGUGUGUUGAAUAAGAGAUGUAAUUUGAGUUUUAAACUU